AUGGAUGCCCUCAUCAAAGAGUUUAGGGCCGCCUAUGCUGCAGAGCGAGGCAAUGACCUGGCCAAAACACUAACCCCAGAUCUGACAGAGUCGCCGGACAGGCUGCUGGCAAUAUGGAACAGCGGCGGGCCUCAGUCUAUCAAGGACGAUUUGAAGUUCCUCUUCGUCCGCGACAAGUCAGCACAGCUGAGGAUGUCCCGUGAGGAGGGCGAAGGUUGGCAGGAGAUCUACUUCACCUAUUGGAAGGCUCUGGGUGAAAUCUUGGCCGUGGAAGGUCGCAGGAAAGAUGGUGCCAAGUCUUCCUGGACAAAGGUGUAUGAGGCAUGGAAAGAAUUCACAUCGCAGAUUAUCCGCGGCUACACCAAUCAUGACUUUGAGAACUGGACCAUUCCUUGUCUGUAUGUUGCUGGUCGAUAUAUGAGACUGUAUGCCAUACGCGCAGACGCAGAGCGGUCCGCCAAUGGCGGUGCUGACGAUGCCGUCACCAACUUUCAGGACGACUUUGAUCCCGAGACGGAGAAGCAUAAAUCGUUAGAGGACUGUGCCAGACAGCUCAACCGUAUCUUCAACACUUGUUUGAGCGACAGGGCACCUUUAGCAGAGUCGCGGAAAUGGGGCAUUUACUAUGCAAUCAACCUUCUAUUCAAGACAUACUUCAAGCUGAAUUCGGCGUCUUUGUCAAAAAACGUACUGAAGGUCUUGUCCGCUGGGCGGGGUGACAUGCCCGACUUUGACAGCUUUCCCAAAUCACAACGGGUGACGUUCAAGUAUUACGAAGGAGUCCUCGCCUUCCUUGAAGAGAACUACGUAGAGGCCGAGAAACACCUGACAUUGGCAUGGCAGAUGUGCCACAGGGACGCCACCCGGAAUCUCGAGCUCAUCCUGACCUAUCUGAUUCCGUGCCACCUGUUGACUACGCAUACUCUUCCGAGCGCAAAAUUAUUAGAACCAUUCCCACGACUACAGAAACUGUUUCUCAAACUAGCCGUCGCCAUCAAGGAAGGCGACUUGCGUGCUUUCGACCAAGCACUCACCGAUGGCGAAGAUGAGUUUGUCAAACGACGAAUCUACUUGACGCUCGAGCGGGGGCGUGACAUCGCACUGCGGAACCUGCUACGCAAGGUCUUUCUUGCGGGGGGGUUCGCCGAAGCCAAAGAGGGAGAGGCCCCCGUGCGCAGGACCAGAGUGCCAGUUGCUGAGUUUUCAGCGGCUAUGAAGCUGAGCGGCGGCGAGGAGUUGGACGCCGAUGAGGUCGAGUGCCUAUUGGCUAAUAUGAUCUACAAGAAUCUCAUGAAGGGUUACAUCGCGCACGAGCGCGGCAUUGUAGUCUUGAGCAAGAACGGCGCAUUCCCUGGAACAGGCGUGUGA